GCAAAUUCGUGGAAAACGGCGAUAAUGACUUCUAGAGGUGUACAAUUUCUUGGCAACAUGUUCAUUUUUCUGGUAUAGGUAGUGGUGAGCUAUCUAUAUGCAAGUUAGCAAGCUAGGAAGCAAGGGUCAAAGAAGGCAACUCCCAGAGUCUUCUUUCUUCAACAAUGACAACAAACUCAAUUUCUCCAGCAGUCCUCAAAGAUGUUGUGGCAUACGUUGAUGUGUGGUCUGCAAGUAAGACAGAGAAUUAUUCUGAUCCUUUUAUUCAGCAGCUUCGGGAUAUGGGCGCUCAGGUACAUAAAACAUUUAACAAACGAAUCACCCAUGUAGUGUUCAAAAAUGGCCACCAGUCCACAUGGAAUAAAGCAAAGAAACUGGGAGUGAAGACUGUUUCUGUCCACUGGGUUGCCAGGUGCAAAGAAAAUGCAGAGCAUGCCGACGAGAGCCUUUACCCUGCUCAAAAUGAGGAAUCGAAGCUCAAUCUCAUUAAAAAAAGAACGCACCGUUGCAUGCAGCCAAGGGAUAUUCCUUUGAGUACCCCGAAGCGACUGAAGAGAAAGCUGGACAAAAUGAUGGAAGGCCUGGUCCGCUCGUCCCCCAUAGGCACGAAACAAUGUUUUGUUUUGUUUUUCUCAGUGGCUUUCUUCUUUGUUCUCAGUAGGCCUUCACAUGUAAUAUCUAUGUGCACAGUUUCAGAUACUUCUCCGUUCAUUAUUGAUGAAGAGAAUGGAAUAGUGUAUAGUCCCUCCUCUAGGAGGGCUGACACCAUGGCUCAGCGGCUAAAGGAAAUGCGAGCACAACGUGAGAAUCUUUCCCCAACUGCUUCACAAAUCCAGGACUCAGGAAUGGAGGACUCUGUAGGACCUUCUCUAGUGGAGACUCCGACAAGCUUAUCCAAAUUAUUACUGGAGGAAGAAGAGCCUUCCUGCAGUUUGUCAGACAGCCACCCCUGUUCCAAAAGUGAAGGAGAUAAAGGGUAUUAUGAACAUCCAUCAGACAAGAUGAAAUCCCAUGGGCAAAUUGAGAAGGGGCCCUGUGUCUCAGCUGAGGGUUUGACAACUGUUAAAGGUGGUAAAGAGCCUAUGGAAGUGCUGGCAUCACCACAAGGUGAAAGACAAAGGAGAUCAUGUUCAAGCAUGACUAAGCAAUCCUCUUUAGAUUGUUACAUUAGUAAAACAUCCUCAAAAAAAUGUAUUUCGCAUCCUUUAUGGAAAACUGAAGAGGUUGCAAUUGAUUAUCAAAAAUCAUCAAUCAAUAGCAAAAAAAACAGAAGCAUGUCACCACUAGGCAGUAUGGAUUCAAGAGAAAGGCAAAUUCCACUACACCUAAAAGAUGCAAAGGACAACAGUAAUCUCGUUGACUCCAGAAGACUUUCCUCUGUUGACCCUUCCUUUUCAAAAUAUGAACACUUGGCUCAGAGUAAUGACCUUGCUACUACAAAGUCAGAGUUUUAUAAAAGAAGGCCAGCUGCUAUACCUCACAGCAGUAUCCGUUCUGACACUCAUAGCUAUGAUAAUGACGAUGAUGGUGUGUUUGAGGACUACUUCACUUCAGCCAACAGCGCACCAAGGUGCAAGGUCGUCUUGGUGAACUCGUCUUCUGAAGCAAUGCCUCUGCCCUCCUUUGACCUGACACCCAAAAACCCAAGUAGACGAAAGAGCCACCCUCAGGAUAUCUGCACUAGAGGUGGAAAACAAAAGGUUUUCGGUAGCAGGGACAUCUCUGAUGCACCAGGGCUAGCAAGGCUAUCGUCACUGGUCCCAGAGUCUGGUGUGUCUAGCCCAGUGUGCAUGUCUACAAUACCUGAGGUGUGUGACUCAGAGAAAACGAAGCAGGAGCCAGCUGCAAAGAGACAGAAGAGGAGAAUAAAGCCAAACUCCUCAACGUCCUUAGAAAGCAAAGACAGUAAAAACGCUUCAGAUGGGCUCAUUGACAGAUGUUCUGAAAUGUGUAGCAAACAUGGGACUAUGAAAACGGACAAAUACAUGAAGAAAAACAGAACAUUAGUAAUGACUAGCAUGCCUACUGAGAAGCAGCAAAUGGUGCGUCAAGUGGUCAACAGCCUGGGUGGCUUCACUGUGGUGGACACCGUGUGCGAGAGCACCACACAUGUUGUGUCGGGUAGCCCACGCCGCACCCUCAACAUCCUGCUGGGCAUUGCGCGAGGAUGCUGGAUUCUCUCCUUUGAAUGGAUUUUGUGGUGUCUAGAACACAGGCAAUGGAUUCCAGAAGAGCCGUAUGAACUAUCUGAUCACUUUCCUGCUGCACCGAUAUGCCGACUGCAACAGCAUCUGUCAGCUGGGGAGCACCAGCAAGACCUGUUCCAGAAUCAGCCAAUCAUGUUUGUGUCGCUGCUGUCCAAGCCGCCCUGCCACAGUCUAGGGGAGCUCAUCCAGCUCUGCGGGGGGACGGUGUGCCGGACUAUCCGGCAAGCUGGCCUCUGCAUUGGGGAAUACAAGGGCAAGAAGCCUGAGGGGACCAAGUGUCUGUCAGAACAGUGGAUUCUAGAUUGUGUGACACAUCUUGUGCUUCUCCCACAUGACAAGUAUAUUUUGGACUGAAAAAGCAGAUGUAAUGGAUUCCUGUGAAUCAUAUGGAAAUUUGUUAAUUUUUUAACUCAGUAGAGUAUGUAUUCAGCUUAUUGCUGGUGUUUGUUUUGAUAACCCUGUUUUUGUGUUAACAUUUCUUGAGUUUUGUAAAAGUUUUGUAAAUAAAAAUAAA